AUGGCAUUCCCAUCUGUGUUUACAGGAGCCUCAGACCGGGCUCGAGUGGCGGCCCGCAGCGCUCCCGAGGACACGGUGACCAGCAGCUUCGCCUCAUUCAUCUGCGCGGCGCGGCCCGAGCACCUGUCCCCGACCGUGCGGCAGCGGAGCAAGAGGAUGAUCCUGGACAGCAUCGGCGUGGGGCUUGUGGGCAGCACCACGCGUGUCUUCGACAUCGCCCUGCGCUACUGCCGGGAGCUGUACUCCUCCGUGGCCGUGAGCUCAGUCUACGGAAAGCCAGGAGUGAAGCUCUCUCCGACGCUGGCCGCCUUCACCAACGGCGUGGCGACUCAUUCCAUGGAUUUUGACGACACCUGGCACCCUGCCACUCACCCCUCCGGGGCCAUCCUGCCAGCUCUCCUGGCAGCUUCCCAGAUGCUCCCUCGAACAGCCAAACCCAAUGGCCUGGAUUUCCUGCUGGCCUUCAACGUGGGCCUGGAAGUGCAAGGGAGGCUCAUGCACUUCUCCACUGAGGCUCAUGACAUUCCCAAAAGGUUCCACCCUCCCUCAGUGGUGGGCACCCUGGGCAGUGCCGCGGCCACGGCCAAGCUGCUGUCCCUGAGCUCAGCCCAGUGCUGCCACGCCCUGGGCAUCGCCGCCUCGCUGGCUGCGCCCAUGGCCAAUGCCGCCACCCAGGCCAAGCCUCUGCACGUGGGCAAUGCCACCCGCCUGGGCCUGGAGGCCGCUCUGCUGGCGGGCCGAGGGAUGGAGGCCAACCCCUUGAUCCUGGAUGACAUUCCGGGCUGCUCGGGGUUCAGCGCCUUCUACAGCGUCUACCAGCCCAAGCCUCUGUCUGCGCCUGGCGAGCACCACGAGUUCCUGCUGGAAAAGCAGGACAUUGCCUUCAAGCGAUUCCCAGCUCACCUGGGCAUGCACUGGGUGGUGGAUGCUGCCUUGUCUGUCCGGAACCUCUUCAUCAACUAUGCGGGGUCCUUCUCACCAUCUCUGAUCCGCACUAUUAUGCUGAAGAUCCCAGUGUCCAAGUACAUCAACAGGCCUUUCCCCAGCUCGGAGCACCAGGCCAGGCACUCCUUCCAGUUCAACGCCUGUGCUGCCCUGCUGGACGGCGAGGUGGGCCUGGGCUCCUUCUCCGAGAGCAGCAUCCACCGGCAGGAGCUCAGGGAGCUGCUGGACAAGGUGGUGGUGGAGCACCCUGAAGACAACGUGGCCAACUUUGACAAGAUGUAUGGAGAGGUGGCCCUGCUCCUGCACAGCGGGGACGUCCUGACGGGCAAAUGUGACACUUUCUAUGGGCACUGGAGGAAGCCCCUGAGCAAAGAGUCUCUCCUGAAGAAGUUUCGAUCCAACGCCUCCCACGUGCUUCCAGAGGAAAAAAUAGAAGCCAUCAUCACUCUGGUGGACAACCUGGAGAACCUGUCAGACAGCUCCCAGCUGGCCUGCAGCCUGUGA